AUGUUUCCGAGAAGUCGAUUGUCGCGAGAGGAGAAAGGGAAGGACAUCGCAGAUUCUCCGAGUCCGACCAGAGAUGCGUCAGCAACCGGCAGCCCACUGGACGAUUUCGACUUGAUUCACCGCGAUGCUCUCCGGGACACAGAAAACAUGACUCUAUCUCAGCGUCUUUUGGUCGCUGAUGCCCAUAGGCUGAUUGGUGAUGAAGGCGCAGAUCGCGUUGAAGUCGGGAGCAGCGACGUGAGCGGAAGUGAGAACAGAGGGGGAGACCAAAGCGAUGAUGCAGCUGGUUCCGAACGUGGCGACGCUGAUGCGUCUGGUCGGUCCCCGACGCCUUCGAGGCGGGUUCGCAAGAGAGUUCGUUUCGACCAGAUAGACUGUCGUCCAACUAUUUAUCAUCCUGGUGGGAUCUUCGAGGAGCUUCUUCCGCUGCCUCCUGGACUGCUGCGCGACCCGCGGGCUCAGUCGUGGGGGAAUGUGUUUGGAUCCUUUGCUUCUCACCAUACUGUGAAGGAUCUGUUAAGGGCGAACGGCGGUGCCGACGUUACCUACAUCAUCCCGUCUACUGAGCAGCGUCCCUGGUCGCCUCCGAUUGGUUACCAGUGCGUGUAUGAGUCCUACUUCGGGGAGCAUACGAAGCUAUGGUUUCCGAUCCCUCGGUUGGUGACGUCUUAUGCAUUCCGCCGAGACAUUGCCAUCUCUCAACUUUUGAACGGGUCGCUGCGAAUAGCCGUCAUGUUGAUGGUAAUGGCAGCUGAGAUGGACAUCUCGAUGAGCGUGAGGGUCUUCGAGGAGCUGACUUUCACGAAGGCGGAGCCAAACGGGAUUUUCUCGGUUAAAAUGCAUUCGAACUACAACGUCUUGACCGUUCGUCAGCCGAAUACGAUCGCUUACCCUAAGAAGUUCUUUGAGAGUGCUCAAGCGAUCGCGGCACACAGUCAUCUUUGUUGGCCGGAUCUCAGUCGAGAGUGGAUACGUCGCCAGCAAGCUAGGAUCGCUAGAGUUGAUUGGGAGUCGAGGCUUCCUUGUGUUCUCGGUCCACGUAAGUCGCGCCUUCCUUUGUUUACUCGCAAACAACAGAGGCUUCUCGACAAAGCUAGAGAAAUGGAUGGAGUCCCGGAUCUAAGCGCCCUGUUGAAAGGAAAGUUGCAAUUUCUCUUGAAGAAAUCGACUACAGUCGAUCCUCAGGGACCGUCUAACUCCGGAGGCGACGGUGCUUCUGAAGGUGGUGGAACCUCCAGAGAAGGAGCCUCCAAAGAAGGAGCCUCCAGAGAGGGGGCCCCUAUUGUAGUCGAUGAAGGGGUCGGAGCGGAGACUUCUGCUUCAGGUCCCAAGAAGAAGAAAAAGAGCAAAAAAACUAAGGGGAGAGCGACCGACGAGGUUCCUCCCAAAGAGUCUGCUUCCCUCGAUGUGACUUCCGAGGCUUCCUCUGUUGAUAGAUAUGAGGGCCUAGCAGAAGGGCGAGAGGGUGCUUUAGUCGAGGCGGCGCCAGAUGGUCGCCCAAAGAAGAGAACUAAGAGGUCUGUUGAGGCGGAGCCCCGUCCUUCUACCUCCGACACGAAUGCUGCUGAUACGACCUUAGUCAACGUUGUCGGGGAGGACAGCGGCACUCCUGAAAACCUGUCGGAGGAGAGGAGGAAAACCAGCACGCGAGAAGGGGGUUCUGGUGAUGAGCCCGUUGCGAACGAGAGGUCUGCUCCCGACUCUUCUGCGAGAAAAAGUUCUCGACCUGAACGUUCCCUAGCAAAGAGAAGGAGGAUUGAAUUCCCUGAUAGCGUCGAGUUUUCUUAUGAUGAGACAACUCCCUUAAUCCUUAAUCCCCUUAGAUGCGCGGAACUGACGCGCCAAAUUCGUGGUGGGACAAAGGAGAUGCCGCAACUAGAAGAUCUCUACUUCAGGAAUGAAUACAUUGACGCUGCUUCUUCGAGAGCGCGGCUUGCUCAGGCGAGGUUGAAGGCCAUCGAGAGAGUAAGAGCGGAGCAUAAGAAGGCUAACGAGAAGGCCGAGAAGGAGAAGGAAAUUCUUCGAGUGAAGUUUGAAGAGCUGGAGGGUAAGCUCACAUCCGACAGAGCGGCGAAGAAAGAGCUUGCCCAAGAGAACACUCGUUUGGAGCAAGCGGCUGCGACCCCUGAGAAGGAGAAGGCUGAGCUACUCGAAGAAUGGGACGCUGCAGUGGAGAAAUUGAUCAGAGAGAGGCAACGCUUGAAGGACUCCCGGGGGUUGGAGGUUACUCGUGAGAGGGAAAGGGUUGAAGCUGCUUUGGUCGAGAAGGCAAAUCGCUGUUUUGGUCACGUACGCGACCAUUUUACUCGCUUGGAUGCCUUUGGGAAAGCGAAGAACCUGUACGGUCAGCUUCGGGGACGAAGAAGUGCCUUGAGAUGA